UACUUCAAGGGUGAAGAGUCGUCGGACGCAAGACGGCAUGCGUUACAACGACAGCGAGUGUCCGCAAGAGUUCAACUGUACGGGCGACAACGUCAGCUUCAGCAUCGGCACGACUCCCAGCUAUGCCUCCCUCGCCUCCAGCUCCCUCUCCUGUCUCGGCUCCGUCCUCAUCAUCCUCGCCUUCCUCAUGCUCCCGGAGAUCCGCACUGGAGCUCAGAAACUGAUCACCCUCCUCUCCAUCGCAGACUUUUUCACGGCCUUCGGGUACUUCAUCGCUGCCAUCAACUUUCUCCAGCACUACAGGACGUCCGAGCAAAAGGGAGACAAGAGAAACUGCGAAACGUUCGAGACUGUUUGCGAGGCCCAGUCAUUCAUAACGACCACCUCGAGUCUCUGCUCGUUUCUGUGGACCAUUUUUCUGGCCGUCUAUUUUCACGUCGUCAUCGUCAACAAGCAGUCCUUGUUGUUUGGGAAGAAGGCCUUUGCCCUCAUCAACCUCAUUUCGUGGGGUGUCCCUCUAGUCAUCACCAUUCCUCUGCUGUGUACUAAGCACCUCGGGUUCACUCCAUUCAGCACUGCGAAUUGGUGCUUCAUAAGGGACUCGCAGAAACACUCAAUCAAAAAAGACCUCUUUAUUAUCCUCGUGCUGGUUGCAGGGAAGUUCUGGGAGAUCCUCAGCUACAUUUUAGUCACAAUCCUUUACAUAUCUAUCUCCAUCAGCAUAUACAGGUCUCGGCGAAGGCUUUCUGUAGCCCAGAAUGGUGCACCUCGGAUGAGCCAGGAACGCGUGGAGCUGAGACUCCUCUCCAUCCCUAUUGUGUUCCUGCUGUUGAGACUGUGGGGCACUAUCCAGUUCUUUUACUCCCUCUCGCUCACCAGCUCUGCCCACGUUGAACAAUGUAUCCCCAAGACCAAGUACAGAGUUCUACUGUGGCUCGGCGUAAUGCAGGCAAUUGGAGACAGUGGUCAAGGCUGGAGCAAUGCGAUUCUCUACAUCUUCCUCUCUCCAACCAUCAGAAUGUGGUUCAUCUGCGAAUGCAUCACCGGAUGCUGCUCUCAACUGCAGGCACUCGGCCGUGCUUGCGGUGUACAACUGAGUGGCUAUUCGAGAUUUUCAAUCAACGAUCCAAGCGUUAAUGACGGUCUCAAUAGCGAACGAGAGGCACUAAAUGGAAGUGUUGCCUACAUUGACCGGGAGCAGGCGGGCUUGAAGAGAACCGAUUCCAGUUCCUCGUAUGGAGCUAUGAUAGUCACAGAUAAUGUAAGUGAUUACCCACCAGGGGUGUUCUGUACUGCAGUGAAGACACCAGGAGAUGCCGCCAAAAGCAGAGUUAGGGGACGUGAAGAAUUGUCGGACGCCGCAUCACUAUCUCAUCAGACCGAUUAGCCCGCCGGUAUUUUGGGGUUUCCUUAUACAUACAUGCGUGUUUAUAUUUCACCAUGAAUAAUUAUAGUUUGCACAGCCAUUAUGAAAGAUACAUAAAAUCAGACGGAAUAUUGUAAAAAUAACAGGGACAAAGAUGCAUCAUUAAAAAAAUACAGAGCAGUGAGAGGGCUCCAUUGAGUACAUUCAUUAUGCCA